AUGCAACAUACAUGUUUCAACAACACUCAUAUCAUGAUUGCACUCUGCAGUGGGGUGUCCGGUGACUUGGCCCUAUCUUGGCAUUGGCAUCCCGGUUUAUCAAGACUUUUUUAA